AUGUCUUCAGACGCAACCUCCAAGGACGAGGAGACACCAGAAGACGAACCCAAAGAGAUGCAAUGCGAGCUCGCGCUGCUAGACAAGAGAUACGACUCGGACGGACACAAAGUGUACCGGAAGCGCAAGGACCGGGACGACGACGGGUCCAAGAACUGGUGGAAGCUAUACGCGCUAACAGAGACACGACACUACCACGAGAACGGGACGUUCAAGUGCACGCGUCUGCACGUGAACCCGCAGCCGCUAAAGCAGCUUCUCGAGGACGUGGUCAAGGACUUUCCCUACGACCCCGUGGACGCGCAGCAGGAGGUCGAGUUCGAUCUGCCGGCGCACUGUCUGUUCUUCCACCGCGAGAAGCUGGAGGAGGUCGGGAAUGAGCGGUUUAAGGAGGAUGAGACGUCGAGGGCGCAUUUGAAGCUGCUGCUUGAUUGGAUUGAUAAGGUCCAUGAGGAGUCGUUUAAGGCGUCCCGGCGCUUCCACAGUAGUGACCAGCGACCAAUCUCUUACGAGUACCUGUGGACGGCCUUCCGACCCGGAUGUUUGGUUUACACGAAGCUGAUGGGACAGCCGCGUGCGUAUAAAUUGCGCGGAUUCUGGUACGAGUCCGACGAUGACCCGUGUCUGGCUAUCCGCGUGCAGUACAUCGAUUAUGACGGGGAGAAGUUCGGCACUCGCAAGGAUCUGUUCCGUAUCCCCAAGUACUCCGGCGUCAUGCGCUGCGAGGACCUGAACAUCAUGCCGCUAGAUUACCACUCCGGCGGCGAAGCCCUGCGCGCGCGUCUGCUGGAGCGGGGUCGCAAGUUCCGGGAUCUAACCGGCACGAACUUCCGCCAGUACUCCGGCGUCGCGCUCAAGAGGAACGGCGCGAAGUUCGACCGGUACAACAUCACCGGCCGCGUCGUCGUCGACUGCAAGAACUACCAGCGGUUUGAGCCCGACGACGACUUCGAGCUCGAGGACCUGCCCCGCACCGAAGCCGCGAAGCGGCAGCGCACUCUGCGUCGGUACAACGAGGGUAUCGACACCAGCGACGAGGAGAUUUUUGAUGAGUUGACGGAGGAUGAUCUACUGAUGACGAACGCGACAGUGCGCGGAUUCGCGUGGUCGAUCAAGAAGUUCGUCGAGUUCUUCGUCGAGAACUUGUCUCCGACCAAGUGGGACGACUCGUGUUUCGACCAGCUGGUGCUGGAUCCGACGAUGAAGAGGACAGUCCAGGCUAUGGUUACGACGCAUUCGCGCCGUGGCCAGGACGGGCCCGGCAUCGACGAUAUCGUCGAAGGUAAGGGUAAAGGGCUCGUGAUGGUGCUUCACGGUCCUCCGGGAGUCGGAAAGACGUUGACGGCCGAGUGUGUGGCGGAGUCCGUGAACCGACCCCUAUACAUGGUCUCUGCUGGCGACCUGGGAACAGACAGUUAUUACCUUGAAACGAAGCUGGCUAGAAUCAUGGACAUUGCCACGACUUGGGGCGCCGUUUUGUUGAUUGACGAAGCCGAUGUCUUCCUUGAGCGCCGAAGCCUGCGCGACUUGCACCGCAAUGCGAUGGUUACCAUUUUCCUAAGAGUUCUCGAGUACUACCGUGGUAUUCUUUUCCUUACCACAAACCGUGUAGCUACCUUUGACGACGCUUUCACCAGCCGUAUCCACGUUCCUCUCCGAUACACAAACUUGAGCGAGCCCUCCCGCCGACAGAUUUGGCGCAACUUCUGUAACCGCGUUCCCGGUGGCGUAAACAUUACCGAAAAGGAACUGGAUCUCUUAGCCAAGCCCGAAUUGAAUGGUCGCCAGAUCAAGAACAUUGUCAAAGCUGCCGAGAGCUUGGCGGCAUUUGACGGACGCAAGCUUGACGCUGCAGCGCUUCGGUCAUUUACCAAAGUUCAAGGCGAGUUUGAACGGGACUGGAUGGGCUUCGUCGAUGUUGCCGAGUGA